UAAAAUAACUGAAAAUGUGUUUGUCUGAAAAACAAUGGACACAUGCAUCUCGGACGGCUUCGAGGUGAGUAAAUCAUUGGUUUAAGGCAUAGUCACAGAAUUUUUUGCAAAUUUUUCCGUGGCAUUCUCACGGAUCUCCGCAUAUUUCCGUGGCCCUGACACAGACUUUCUUUUCCGUGGCAUUCUCACGGAUUGGUUACUGUUUUGUCCUAUUUUCUUACCAUUGUCGCUUCGGUUUAGGGUUAUCACCUAAUUUGCAUAUGGCAUUAUUAGACGCAAACUUUGCUGUAUCCAACUGUAGGGUCUUUGUUAUAAAUGGAUUAUUAACUAUAUAUUAUUAUUAAGUACAGUACAUUAGCAUGUAUGGCAUAGGCUUAUUGCGUUAGCAAAACUUGUUACAUGAGCUGCAUACCAGAUAUGCAUAGCAUGACAGAAGUUACAUAGUGUCAGACCUCUUGGUGAGGUGUGACUCUUCUGUCUCCAAACAGCGGUCAUCUUGGAGUUAGAUGUAAACUCUUUGAGAAAGAUUUUUAGAUGUUCAUUCUCGCAGGAAUUCAAUGUUUUUUUUUUUUUAGAAAAUAGUUUCCUCUGAAUUCACCCAUUUGGUGUCAGUCCAAGGGACGCCGUUAAAAUGUUUGAAUUGUAGGUUGAAUAACCAGUUUGACAACGACACGAUGACGCACAAUGUCACUUAUAAACACGGAUACCUGAAUGACAUUGUACUUACACAUGGCUUCAAGUAACAAAAUGAACCUCGAAACAUGCCGACUAUACAUUCACAAGGAGAGACGCUUAAAGUUGUUGUUUACUGGCCUGUGCUUUGAAAUUACAGGAUUUUUGGUUGUAUGGACUUACAUGGGAAGUAAAGAAGAAAAACCACCUCCAAACAAGUUCUUGUUUCAGCACGUUGCCAAACUUUGCAACUCCAGAAACUUCUCCACAUCUCCUGCUGAUGUUCUGCUAGAAAUCAAUUCAGAAGAUUCAGAAUCAAGUUCAAGUUCAUUUUACUCUGAAUUUGGAAUCAGUUCAGAAAGUUACUCCAGUUUACAGCAGCAACUCUACUGGGCUAGACCGGACAGAUCAAUCACAGAUGUGUCUAUGAGUACAAGUGCAGCUCACUCCACUUUCAUCAUACAGAACCUGAAAGACAGCUACCAAAUAGGGGAGGAGCUUUUUGUUACUAUCCAUGCCAGAGACUUUAACAAUAAAUAUAAAUGUUAUGGAGGAGAUUUCUUUCAAGCAAAGCUUUUCUCUUCUGAAAAUCCCCAAAAGGCCAGUGUGUUUGGGGAGGUGGUGGAUUUGCUCAAUGGCUCUUACUCUGUGCGUUUUCUUCUGCCGUGGGUUGGACAGGCACAGGUGGCUGUGCGUCUGAUCCACUCCAGUGAAGCUGUGCAGGUCCUCAAGCAUCACAGAGACACAGAUUCAGACAGAGUUUACUUUAAGGGAUAUUUUGAAGGACCAGGACCAAAUGGGACCAGGUUGACAGAAACAGUUGUGUGUAAUGUGAAGUGGGACCAGAAUGGACUGGAGAGGAUGCUGACUGGAGAUUGCUGCUGUGAUUACAAAGAUUUUCGCAGUGGAGAAGAAUGGCGCUGUCAAAGACCCAAAUCCCUGCCAUGCAGCGCUCGUGUCUAUCACUCUAUGGGCGGGUAUAACGAAUGUUUGACUGCCAAAGAAGCAAUGUUUAUGAAUGAAACCAACAAAGACAUCAAUGGACAAAUAACACCAAUCAAGAUUCUUCCUUCCAGUGAAACAGUGCAAAUUGAUGUAACACAGAAAUGUCGUGCUGGUUUGCACACACCAGUUCCAGCUGGGUUUUACCUGAAUGAUGUUUGGGAGUCCUUUGUGUGUAGAACCCGUAAUUUUACUACCGAAACAACAACACAGUGCCUGAAAGACAAACACAUCCACAUGAUGGGAGACUCUACUUUGAGACAGUGGUUUGAAUUCUUGCUGAAAGCAGUACCAACUUUAAAGCGGAUGAACCAGCAUGUUCAAUAUAAGGCAGGGCCUCUUCUAGCAGUGGAUGUGGAGAACAACAUUGACUUACACUGGAGGUCUCACGGUCUUCCUCUACGCUGUCUGAAAACAGAAGUGACUAAUCUGCACUACGUCAGUAAUGAGAUUGACGAUCUGACUGGAGGACCUCACACUGUUAUUGUAUUUAAUCUGGGGCCACACUUCACAACAUACCCUCUCGAUUACUACACCCGCAGAGUGUUGAGGAUCCGCAAAGCUGUGCUAGAUAUGUUACAACGGGCACCAGACACUACCGUUAUAAUCAAGACUGUCAACACCGGCUAUAAGGAUGUGUUUGGCAGUGACUGGUAUUCUCUGCAGUUGGACAGAAUCCUACGGUGGGCUUUUCAAGAUGUUGGUGUUUAUAUUUUGGAUGUUUGGCAAAUGACAGCCUGUCACUACAACGAAGAGAAAAUUCAUCCAGGUCCUGUCAUCAUCAAAAAUGAGAUAGACAUUUUGCUUUCUUUCAUUUGCCCUGAAUGAUUUUGUCAGGAACAAUCAGGGAAUAAAAGCAACAGUCUUUAUUUUUAUUUUAUAUACAUUGAAUGUGUUAAACAUGGUAAUACACUAUAAGUGUUUUUUACAAUAUAAUAAAUAGUGGCAGAAACUGCUGAGGGUGGCAGAUAAAUUACAAACUGUCGAACAAAAUCUGGCACCAACAAACUAAAAAGGUGUUUCUUUUCACUAGUUGCACACUUACAUCGUUCCUGCAUUGCACCCAACUGUGUACGUCACAUAACAACCCUUAAUGUUUGUCUUUUAUAAUUUAUUACUUGUUUAUUCUAUUCUUUAUUACUUGUGUAUCGUCGUAUUACUAUUCUUUAUAUAAUCUCUAACCUAUGCCAUUCUAAUGUGGACAGCAAAAAGAGAAUUUCAUUUCCAUUCAAAAGAUAUAGAUACAUACAUCCAAACUUGGUUAUGUAACCACCAUUUUUACAGUGUAGCUUCUCAAAGCAGGUUUUGGUAUCUUUAAGUUAAUGCUUCUUUUCUAUGUUAUUAAUCAUUGUCAGCUUGGGAAAGUGUAAAAAUACACAACGUUGCCCGGCCUCUCGGGAUACCUAGUGUCGGGGUUGCAUGCACACCGUUUGACCAUUUUAAACUUAAAAUGACAAGAAAAAACAUAUAAAAACGAAUGAAAACUGACUAACUGCAAUGCAUUUCAAUGCAUGUGGAAGUACAGAAUGUAGAGAAUGUCUACUAAUUGGCUUAUCGUGUUUGGGGCGUGGCUUAGCCAUAGCUCAAUUGUCACAAGUAGAUAUGGGUUUAUAAUGAAACAUCAAUAAAUGAAUUUUUACACUUAAUCAAUUGAAUGUUUUAUUUUAGCUUUAUACUAACUUAAUAAUAAUAAUAAUAAUAAUAAUAAUAAUAAUAAUAAUAAUAAUAAUAAUACAUUUUAUUUAAAGGCGCCUUUCAGAGCACUCAAGGACACCGUACAGUAAAAUGACAGUCAUAAAACAACUCAAGACAAUACAACAGAACAUCAACAGUGAAACAUACAAUAUUUAAAACUGAUCAGAAAAAGCUGAUUUAAAUAGGUACGUUUUAAGACGUGAUUUAAAAGUAACCAGACAAUCACUUUCUUGUAGAGAUUUUGGAAGAGAAUUCCAGAGAUGAGGGGCAGCACAGCUGAACGCCCUGGACCCCAUAGUGACUAAGCGAACGGAAGGUACUACAAGGGAGACAGAAGAGGAAGAUCGAAGUGUACACUUCGGGGUGUAGAUGUGAAGCAGUUCAGAGAGAUAUAAGGGUGCUAGAUUAUGAAGAGCUUUGAAAGUGAGAAACAGAAUCUUAUACUCUAGACGUCUAGACAAUCUGAGAGAGAGGUUGACAGAAGACUAGAAUUUGGUUUGGAUGAUGAGUAGAGCUGGGUGUCAUCCGCAUAGCAAUGAAAACUAAUGCCAUAUUUCCUGAAGAUGUUACCAAGGGCUAGUAAGUAAAUGAAAAAUAAAAGAGGGCCGAGAACAGAGCCUUGAGGGACACCAGCAGUGAGAGUUGAGUGCAUCCGGAAAGAUAGGAUCUGAACCAGGUAAGAGGAAUGCCAGGGAUACCUAUUGAAAGUAAUUUAUCUAAGAGAACAUGAUGGGAAAUUGUAUCAAAGGCUGCACUUAGAUCGAGUAAGAUGAGUAAUGUUAAGAGUCCAGAAUCAGCUGACAUCAGUAGGUCAUUAAAUAAAGGUCAAAUAAAAAAAUUAACGACUUUUACCAUGGCGGUCUCUGUACUAUGCAAUGAUUGAAAACCAGACUGGAAUUUUUUGAACACUUAAGAUUACUUAAGAUUCAAUCAUUAGCAUUAUUGUAAGCAUUUGGAGUAUUGCUUUAAUUUUUUCAGUUUAUAUAAAUCACUGAAUUUUUAUAUUAGGAGAUUGUGUAUUAUUUUAUUUGUUUAUUCAAAUAUUCAUGCUUGAAUGAUUUAUUAAUCUCUCAGGUGUUUGACUGGCAGAUAUGAGGCCUUGAAUGAUUGAACAGUUUUGUUAGUGCUGUGAUUUGCGGAUUAAAAUGAGGGAACGACAUUGAAUGAAUAAAAAUCAAACACCACUACAAAAUUGCUAACCUGAUAUAUUGCACUACUAAAUAGAGAACAGGACAUACAGCAUACCCUCCGUCAUUUAAGUAUGUAACUGAUUUUGCCUACCUAAAUAAAUGAGUUUUAUAUUUCUACGCACACCAUGUGCAAAAAUGUUUGUAUCCUAAUCAAGUUUACUAAAAUAU